AUGUUCUCUUCGCAGAGGCCUCGAUCUCCGGUACAGCAGAGGCUUCACGAUGGUUUCCGCACUGAUCGUCGAUACCUAACACAAAUGGUGACAGAGGCUCACAACGAGCGUUCAACUCGAGUCGACGCUGUUUUGGAGCUCAAGAAAGACUUGGACGCGUCUGCCGCGAAGGUCGGGGCUCAGAGUGCUGCGCUUCAAGCUCGAGACCAAGCGGAGAAGAUGCAGCAAGCCAAGAUGCAUCAAAGUCUGAUCGAUCAAGGUAGAAACCCGUACGAAGUGGCGAGACGCAAAGUGGUGCAGCGACAAGCACGCAGAGAGCGAUCACGCAUUGAUCGCAACAUUCAAGACCGUCAGGCUAAGCUUUUAGGGCAGUUAGAAGCGGAAAAGGUCAUUCAAAGACGACGCGAGAAGGUUGAGGACGAAAACCGAGCGUACGAACGGAAAUACCAACGAGAAAUGGGUCGAUCCCAGGAAGAGCGCACAAAUGCCUUUUUGUUGUCCCGAACGGGUAAAGACUCGCUGGAUCCUACCAGUAAAUCGGUUCGUGUGUAUCCAUCUCAAGAGACUACAAUCAAAGAUCAUACCUUUGGUCUCGGACAUAGCGCUGUUUUAACGCCAGAACACCGACGACAGGUUGUCGAAAAGAUUUUAAACAAAGGGACGCAUAACGGAACGAAGACGAGUUCAUUGCUACUACCUCGAAGACAGCAAAACUCAACAGAAACCGCUCGUAGUGUAAUGGAGGAGCGACAAUUAGCAAAGGCUCGGCAGCGACAGAAAGAGUCGCGGUUUGCUCAGUCCCAAGUGGUGUGGGGUAAGACGUUCACAGGCAACGCGUUUCUAUCCAAUCCUGCGCUACUGUGGUUCAAGGAUUUCGACGUUGGGCGUGCUUUUACUCUUGGCUUUACUCUGACGAAUGUCUCCAACACAUUUAACCAGUUUCGACUACUGCCGAUGGAGGAACAAGUCGUCGAGUUGUUCGAUAUCGUGUACGAGAAACCCGGUCGGAUGUCUGCGGGGAUGAGUUGCACGUUGAAAAUGACGUUUACAGGGACCGAAGAGCGAGAUUUCGACACCUUUUUAAGUGUAGCUUCCCCCACAGGGGUCUUCCAACUGCCAAUUCGUUGUACUUGCAAGAAAUCCGUACCGAUUCUAACCCACCGCCAAGUUCGAUUCCCUGAAAUCGUCGCUGGGGAACGUACGACCGUCACGUUGACUCUUGCUAACGAGGGCGCUUUGCCACUUGAAUAUCGUGUACGUCGUGUACUGCCUUCGAUAGAACCGGAGCCUGUGUCUUCCACGGACGUAGUAGAACUGAAUGAUGCGGAGACACUUAUCGAAGAAGUUGAUGAUCCUUUGAAUCCAGACGAGCAGGAACUAGUCGAUCGUAUUCUUGAUACUACACGUUUUAAGCCGGAAGGUGCGGAUGAACCCAUCCGGUUUACUAGACGAGGUGUCGUUGCGCCAUAUUCCAGCAGCGCUGUAUCGUUUACCUUCGCCCCCGCCACUGCCAUGACGCUAGAAAACCAGCCUUUCCUAUUCGAAUUUCCAGGUGCAUCAUCUGGACGUCUGCCCCCCAUUCCGGUUCUAAUAUCGGGUGUGGCCUCGCAGGUCCCAGUCUUUGUUUCUCGCUCAUUAGUGGACUUCCGAUGCUGCGCGUAUGGGAAACUGUAUCGACAUGAACUCACCGUCUGUAAUCGAGGUAAAGUCGCGCUGAAAGUCCACAUCCAAGUGCCAAAACCUCUGAAAGGAUACGUCGAAUUCAAUCCUAGUUUCGGGUUCGUACAGAUGAACUCUAAAGAGGGAAUAUUUCCCGUGCAAGUAAAAUUUCGCCCCGAAGAUAAAAUGUGGAAACGAAUCGAACGUGCUGGUUUCGGCUCCCGAGCGCUGGGAAUGCUGGCCGUUCCCGUUCAAGUAUCAGUGCCUGACCAAGUCGUGCCAGUCUUCUUCAUUCUCAAAGCCAGACUGACACCUACAGAGCUACUUCUUAAAAGUGGGAAUAACGAGAAAGGGCUUCAUUUCGGGACAUGUUGUGUCGGGCAUAGCGUCAGCCACGAACUUACUGUCACCAAUCCUGCUCGAGUUCCACAACGUAUCGGCGUAACCUCACUACCAAAAGAUGUUACAGUAGCCGACGUGUCAGAGGGAGUCGGGAUUGUGUUGUUACCUGGUGAAGAACGUAUACUACGUGUAGUGUAUACGCCGAGUUUUCCGGGAGUUCUUAAAGGUGCUGGUACUAUGGGACGGUUAAAACCUGUUCUAACACUAUACUCAUCGACGUUUAAUCACGAGUAUACUCUGACAUGCUCGGGAAAUGGAGUAGCAAGCGAGGUGAUUUUCUCUCAGUCGACCGUGCGUCUUGGCGCCACGUCACUGGGACAAACGCAGACGUGUCACGUUAAGCUGACAAACCAGUCAGAGCACCAUACACAGCUUGUAGAGUUGAAGUCACCGCCUGAAGCUGCGUCAUUUUUGAAGAUUACGCCACUUGUAGCACGUCUGGCACCUCAGGAAAGUGUACGAGUGGAGAUCGACUUUGAACCUACUGAAGACAUUUUUAACCUGGUUAAAACGCGUUUUUACGAGCCGAAAAUGUCGGAUGUUGUAUCUGUGCCUCGUAGUUGUCAUCUAACGUGGACUAUUUUGUGCUUCCAUCAGCUUGAAAUGAGCUCGAAUAGUGCACCAUUAAAGACUCCCGUUCAAGCUUUGGAAGUCCGGACAACCGUUUUGGAGCCUUUUGUGAUCCCUUCUACAACAAAUAUGGAUUUUGGACAGGUGGCCAUCGGUCAAACUCUCGUCCGUGACCUCGUUCUAGAGACAUCACCCCGUGUGACUGAGAGCGUGGCACUCCGUGCUCAGCCUCUGCAUAUUCUAGGAGCGUUCCGGUUGAUCGGGGCUUUACGUGAGCUUCCAGCAGGCUCGGACAAUAAAAAGAAGCGAGCGAUUCGUAUCGAGUUCGAACCAUGCACUCCAUUAGUGUAUGAAGAUGAACUGGAGCUAGCAGCUCUUGGAGUGAAUAUCCGAGUUAAACUUAAGGGUAUUGGGAUUAACCCCAACUUAUCGCUCACCCCCGAAGACGGGAACGUGGAUUUCCAAGACGUACUGGCGCGUACACGAAAUGUACGGGAGCUUGUACUGACGAAUGGAAGCGCCUUCCCAUUGGCCUUCUCGAUCGUGACAUUAAAGGGGAUGGGCGAUACUAUGGAGAAUGGGGAAGUAAUCUUGAGUUCGAUGGGGUUGCCAGUGUUUACGUUCUCCCCUACAAGUGCUACUAUCCCUGAAAAUGGUACUUUAAACGUACAGGUGGUCUUCCAGCCAGACCACCAAAGACCGGAUCACUAUUCCCAAAGGUUCCGUAUCAAAGUCCCGAAUGAAAGUGAGCAACAUAUAAUUACCGUCGCUGGUCGCUGUUGGGAGAACCAGCUGUAUGUGUUUGCACCGACUGCAGAAGCAACGGAACCGAUUGAGAAGCAGCCGCUGUUGGCGCCUCUGGUCGAAGAUCUGUUCGAUCUUCCUUCUAGUAUUUCCCUCAAUCAAAUAUCAAGUAAUGGAGGGAAUGAGCUGUCUGCUGCGGGACUACGUAAACCAACGUCCUCGUACGUCCUCACUUUCAAUAAUGGGGACGAAGCUGAUACUUCAGGUAUUGGACGAACUAUUAAGACUCUGUUCAUUGGCAGCACAAUGCCGAGUAGUGGAGUCUAUGGCGGGCUGGAUGAAGGUCCUACGGGUACACUUGGAGGCUCUGCUGGCACGUUUGAGCUCGUGGUCGACACUCUGUCACCUCACGCAAAGUUAUUUACGCUCGAACCUGCUCGUGGGUCCAUCGCAGCGGGUCAACAACUUGCCGUCCAAUCGCGACCUGAGUUGGAAGUGGCGCAGUGGGUGCAGCUUCGAGUGGAGUGCGUUCUUAAAGGUGGCUCGCUUUGGCGUAUAUUACCGACGGGAAUGGAUACACGAAUUAUUCCGGUUCUAUUGCGAGCUCGGGUAGAAACAUAG